AUGGGAUUGAGGGAUUUAAAGAAUGCAUUCAAGCGCAUGGACAUUCAUCAUGGACAAGCCCCUUUAUUCAAUCAAAAUGAAGCUUCUCUGAGCCAACAACAGCAACCAAAGCAGCACAGCCAACAUAGUUCAAUUGACGGUGAAGACAUUUUCAACCACCCAAUUGCAAUUGGUGAACCGCCAAAAAUGUUUAAGCGGAAUCAUCAUGAGCUCACACCUCAAGGAUGUACGUUGAACCAGCCAAUUCAAACAAACAACUUUUCCAACAACUUGACAUUGGAAGAUCAAACAUUCCCAAUUUGGACCUUGCCAUAUUCUUUAUGGUUAACGAAAGAUCCGGGUCAGGACUUUGGUUUAGCUUUGAAUCAUACGGACGCGAAUCAAAGAGUGUUUGGACCAGAACCAGAUGCCAAAGUUGCUCAAUUCUAUUUCAACCCUCCAAGAAUCAAGUCAUUUGUUCUUUCAGGUGAAGGCUUCAACAAUGUAAAGAUGACAUUGCAUGAUCAUCGAAAGAUGUCGGUGACUGCCAGACUUGAAAAUCAACAAGGAUGUGUUGAGGUUCCUUUGAUACAGGGUAUGGGCUUUAUUACUGCUAUAUAUGACAGAAUCAAGCCCAUUAUUGCCUCACAAGUGGGAUACCAAGAAUUUAAAAAAACAGGGCAAAUUGAUGGACUUCAAAAGUACCAAGUCAAACUAUUCAAUCAAGUAGUUUGGUCCAUUUAUAGUGAUAUCGAGUUGAAAUUGACUGACCCAAAUCAUAUAGUUGGACAGAGUCCAGGUACGGUGCAAAUUUGUCGUGGUGACUCUUCCCAUUAUGACGAUGCUGUCGGUUGCUAUCCUACAGGUGCAGAUAUAUCAGGAACCGUAAAUGGAGAUAGAGGAGAGUAUAGAAUCAAGUAUGACAUAAAGGGUAGAUCAAGAUCUGGUAAAACAAUAAUUUGGGCAUUGCCUCAUCAUCAAGAAGUGGUGACCUCCGAUGGUGAUACAGACUUGAAGUUGGACUCAACUACAAAAGGCGUUAUGAGGGCAUACAAAACUAAUGAAUUGGUUAUGCAAGAGCAGGACCUUCCAAUAGAUGUGAUGUGGGAUCCAUGGACGACUUUCGCAAAAAAUGCCCACUUUUCCGAUGCAACUUUGCAGUUGAUCCGUCAAGCUGCUACUGAGGAAGUUAAGCAGGAUGUAGUUGGCAUGGCUGACAUUGAUUCAAUGUAUACUUCUGGAAAAAUUUUGGACAAAUUUGCUUACAUUGCCCACGUUUGUCACUUCAUCUUGAAAGAUGAAGGUCUCACAAAUGAAAUUCUUCCUAAAGUAAAACAAGCCAUUGAGAUAUUCGCCAAAAAUGAGCAAAAGUUUCCUUUAGUUUAUGACACUACUUGGAAAGGUAUCAUUUCUUCAGCUGAACCUGGUGCAGAUUUUGGUAAUUCAAAUUAUAAUGACCAUCAUUUCCAUUAUGGUUACCAUAUACACGCCAUUGCCUUGGUUGCCCACAUUGAUGAGGGAUGGUUACAUGUCAACAACAAUCUAGUUUACGAUUAUGCAAUUGCACUUCUUAGAGACAUUGCCAGUCCUAGAGCUGAUGAGUUUUUCCCACAAUCGAGAUCGUUUUGCUGGUAUCACGGACAUUCAUUUGCUCAUGGAAUAUUUGCUUCCGGUGACGGAAAAGAUGAGGAGUCAUCCAGUGAAGAUUAUCAUUUCGUUUAUGGAAUGAAAUUGUUCGCCAAUGUCGUUCGCGACCAGGCAAUGGAAAGCAGAGCCAAUUUGAUGCUUGCUAUUAUGAGAAGAUCAAUGAAUAUGUACAUGCUUUACUCGGACGAUAACAAGAUUGAGCCUUCCAAGUUCAUACCUAAUAAAGUUGCUGGUAUAUCCUUUGAGAACAAAAUCGACUACUCUACUUACUUUGGUAGAGGUACAAUUGGUGACGAAUGGAUCCAUGGGAUUCAUAUGUUGCCUAUCACACCUAUAUCAGGAUACAUCCGUGGGCCAAAGUUUGUCAAAGAAGAGUGGGAUCAAAAACUUGCUCCCAUAGUUGAUAGAAUUCCUGAUGGUUGGAAAGGUAUAUUGAUGUUGAAUAAGGCAUUGUUUGACCCAAAGAGUUCGUACGAUUGGUUUGCCAGAAAAGACUGGGACCCAGCUCAAAUUGAUAAUGGUAUGUCCAGAACAUGGUCGUUGACCUACACCGGUGCACUUGUUGGUUAA